AUGCUUCACAACAGCCAUGAACACAUGCUUAGAAGGUGUAAACCAGGACCAGAUUCUAAAGGGUCUUGUCUUCUCUGUGAGCUUCCUCUUUCUCCUUCUGCUAUAUGUUACGGCUGUGUUCAUUGUCAAUUGCUUUUUCACGAACGUUGCCUCGACCUUCCAGUUGAGAUUCAACAUCCCGUGCAUCCGGCACACCCUCUCAGGCGCCUUGAUUUUAUACGAACUUUUGAUGGUCGAAAAUCUUGUAAUGCGUGUAAAGUCAGGUUUGUUGGUGUCCCAUUUGGUUGCUUAGACUGUGGGCUAUACCUUCAUCUGAGGUGUGCAGAGGCUAUACCUUCAUCUGAGUUUCAUUUCAAGUGUCUUGACAUACCCAAAUAUGUGGUAAACAAAUCCUAUCACAUCCAUCAACUCGAGCAUAAAGCAUUUGAAGCCAAAGACGACUUUUUGGAGUACUGUGGUGUUUGUGAGACGAUGGUACACCCACUACACCCUGCAUAUACCUGUGAAGAAUGUGAUUUUCUCGGCCACACGGGAUGCAUUCUACGUGAGGAAGUGCCUUCCCCGUUGUACUUGAAAGAUUUGUACCCUUGCAAUAAAAGCAAUACAAGAUCAAUACAUCUAGAAGACCUUGAAACCAAUGAAUUAGAAGAUAAACUAAUGGUUAAUGGUAUCGAUCAUAUCCAUGCAAUGAGACCGGUGCACAUGAGUGAGGUUGAGGAAGAAGCAAAUUGCAGCAUGUGUGAUGGAAAAAUACAUGAUAACCCCUGCAAAUGCGAGACAUGUAACUUUCAGUCACAUGAUUACUGUGCAGAGCUGGGCCGACCAUCAAAACAUCAAUUUCAUUUGAAACACUCUUUGACACUCUUCAAAAGUGAUAUUACCAAGAAAGAUCAAGUCUCACAGUCACUAUCUGCAUGUGGUGUGUCGUUUUAUGGCUGCAUUGAUUGUGACUUCAACGCCCAUGCAGAGCGUAUUGGGUUUCCAUCCAAUGUGAAGAACCAACGACAUCAACAUAUGCUCAAACUAAUAUACUCCUCUCGCCACCUAAGUUGUUCUCUCUGUGAAUCUGAAAUCAACUAUAAUAUGAUUAUGAUUUACUCAUGCUAUCACUGCAAGGACGUAUUUCACUUCAAAUGUAUACUGUCUACGGAAAACCGUGAGGCAGCAACAGAAGAGGAACAACUUCAAGACAUCUAUCUUAUGUACCUUGAGCGUGAUCUCCUUGACCUUCUUAGAUUAAGUGGUGAGUCUCAGUGA